CUGUCAUACUACCAAAGUGUUCUGAAGGCAAUAAUGGAUCCCCCUCCAUGUGGGAGCGCUGGCUAACUCCACUAGGCUUUCUUGUAUGUUCUGUGCGCAUGUUUAUACCUGAAGAACGACCACAGCACGUUUAAACCUGAUCUGGCCGUCGUCAAUGGGCAUAGGCGGUUAACGUCCCGACCUCUUUGCCACACCCAUCCGUCUUGCUUUGUGCUUAGCUUAGGGAGCCCGACAUACAGUUUGCCUUGAAAGAUGCAGUGGAUACCUUGCUCCGCGAACGCUGCACCGCACGCUGCAGCCGUUAACACUGCGCGGUUCGGCCAUUCAGCUGUAUGCAUCUCCAGGGCCAACUCGGUUUGGGAAACCGAUCUUGUUGUAGUCUUUGGUGGAGUAAGCUAUAGCGAUGGCGAAACGUCACUUGAGCACCAUGCCGCCCUCUCCGAUGUCGUCGUGCUGCAAGCGGAUGCCGAUGUAUGGUUUGCUCCCAAGGUUUCCCCCGCAGCGCCAGACGCCCAGACCGCCGGCGGCCUCGGCAAUGCUGCUGCUGCUGCUGCUGCUACCACCGUCGUCAACACCGCUGGCGGCCGCACCUCAACCUCCACCAUAAGCGGCGGCGGCGGUAACAGCAGCAGCGUUACCCAAACCACCACCCCCACCACCCCACCAGCACCAGCACCACUGCUUCCUGAGCCCAGAGCCUUCCACUGCGCUGCUGUAGUGGAUCGCAAGAUGUACGUCUUUGGAGGCCACGUGCUGUCGUACGAUCCGGAUCUCAACAAGAAGCGCCGACGCUUUUUCAACGACCUCUGGUGCUUAGACACGGACACAUGGACCUGGCAGCUCCUGCAACCCGACCAGCCGCCCUCCGCCUCCGCCUCCUCCUCCACGCCCUCCCUUGUCACUGCCCUAGCCGGUGUCACCGGUGCUUCCGCCUCCACUGCUGCUGCUGCUGCUGGCGGCAGCGGCAGCGACCACCACAGCGGCGGCUCCCACACCGCUCCCGCGCUGCAGCCGCCGCGUCGCGACAUGGCCACCCUCACUCGCGCCGGGCCGCACUGCCUGGUGCUGUUCGGCGGGCGGCUGGAGAGCGGGAGGCUGGCGGGGGAUGUGUGGCUGCUGGACCUGAACACCAACACUUGGAGCCAGCCCAAGAUCAUAGGGCCCGCGCCACCGCCUCGCAAGAUGCAUGCGGCCGUGUAUGCCACCAACCGUGUGGUGCUGUUCGGCGGCGAGCGCGAGACGGGUGUGUUGGACGACCUGUGGACACUCAAGGGGGCGGACGGCAGCGAGCCAGCCAAGUGGACACAGAUACGGCUGCGGCCGGCGCCGGCGGGCAGGUUCGGGCACAGCAUGGCAGCCUGCGGCUCCCGCCUGGCGGUGUUCGGCGGCUGCCAGGACACCUCCUCGCGCCUCUCCUUCAGCCGCAACUACGUGCAGAGCAACGAGACGUGGGUGCUGGACCUCGCCACGUUCAGCUGGCACCGAGUGGAUCCCCCGGACGGCGUCACCCCCAUCUCCCCCGCAAUCCCAACUGAGCAGCAGCAGCAGCCCUCCUCUGCCACCUCUGCUUCCGCCUCCUUCUCCUUUCCCUCCGAAAACCCCUUCCAACAACUACAACAACAGCUGGAGCAGCUUCUUCCCAACCACCAUCACCACCACCAGCACAGCCACCACCAUGCAUCCAAACUCCCGCCCCAUCACCACCCCCACCACCCCCAUGGUCAUCACGGCCCACAGCUGCAGCAGGGUCAGCAGCACCAAGGGCAUCAUCCACAACAGAAUCCGUUACCGGUAGAUCCAGACCACCAGGCCCAGUUGCCGUACGCCCAUGUGAUGCUGCCCCUGGAGCGCAUGUGCCACAGUUUGGUGGCGGUUGGUUCGUUGGAGCGGUUGUUGCUGGUGGGCGGCCGGAAGCGUGACGGAAUCUGCGGGGAUGCGUGGUGGUUGAGCUUGGGCCCGGAUAACCUGACGCCAGCCCUGACGGUGCCGCCACCGGCUGUCGUACUGGCGGCGCUGCGGAAAGGCCUGACGGCGCCGCCGCCGCCGCCACCGCCGUCGGCUGCUGCUUCUGCUCCCGCAGUACAACACCCCGCCGCCGCCGUCGGGCCUCAUCCCCAAGCCGCGGCAGCGGCAGCGGCGCCGCCGCCGCCACCUCCUCCGCCAUCGGGUGCCCAAUCCUUGCUCCGAAACAUCUUCGGACGCCCGGCAGCGCCACCGCCUCCUCCGCCGUCGCCGGCAACAACAGCGGCAGCGCCUGCCGUACAACCGCUACCGGCACCGUCGCAAGCCCUGCCGCCGCAUGCUGCAGGUUCAGCUGGAUCGCUGCCAUCCCCAACGCAGCCGUCGCCUCAACGGCUGCCGUUGCUGACGUCAGGUGCCGUACAGCCGACGGCGGUCCCGGGAGCUGUCGUACCACCGUCAGGAGGACCGCCCCUGACUCACCUACCGCCGCCGCCAACUCCAGAAACAUUAACUCCUGCCGCCGCCGCCGCUGCUGCCGCCGCUGCUGCUGCCGUACAGUCCCCGUCUGGCAAGGAGGGCGGAGGCAUCGCCUCCCGACUCACCCGCAUUACGAGCUUCAUGUCGCUGGGCAGCAAGCCACCCUCCGCAUCUGCUGCUGCUGGUGCCGCUGCUGGUGCUGCUGCUGCGACCGCUGGCUCCUCCUCCGGCGGCGUCGGCGGGGGUGCUCCCCUGACCUUUGCCAGGAGCAGCGGCGAGCAGAACCUCUCUUUACCUCAGCCGCUGCCGCCACAGCAGCCGCAGCCACCGCAAUUGCUGCAGUCUGUUCUUACGCCGGCGAUACCGAUGCAAAGCAUGCAACCCCAACACCAGCCGGAUGAGUCCUCUCUACACGCCUUCAACUCCCUCCGCAGCCGCUUGGGCCUUCUUCCGCCUCCGCCGCCGCCGCCUCCGCCCUCGGACCCCGCUGUCAGGAGCCACCCCUUCACUCAGCCAGCUGACCCGCUAGCAGCGCUGGAAGCCCUAGGCCGACGCCUGGAGACAGAAGCAGCCUCCGCCGCCGGUGCUGGGGCAAUAAUGGAGGCGACGGCGAACACCGCAGCCGCCUUGGACUCAAGUAGCCAUGUUGGCGGCGACUCCAAUCCCCCAUCAUCCAUGUCAUCAUCAGCACCCCCAUCCUCACCAGCCUCGGCUGCCGUACAACGAGCCCGCGGCCAUCUUGCCCUGUCGUACGGCAGCAGUGCUCAGCAGCUGCGGCUGGGUGAGCUGCCGCUGCUGCUGGCGGACUGCCAGCUGCUGCUCAAGCAGCGCAGCUCCGCCGCCUGGUCCGCUCUGGAGGCCGAGCUCUCCACCGGCACCACCGGCACCACCACCAACAACAACAGCAUCCCCAACCACCAUCCGCAGCAGCAGCAGUCCUCGACUGCAGCUGCCGCUGCCGCCCCUAGUGGUGCCCCGCCGGGGGCUGCUUCUUCCGCACCGCACCAGGCGGCUAACCCAACCGCUGCUGACGCCGCUUCCGGUACCAACACUCCUACAGCACCGGCUGGCAGCUGUGCCGGUGGUGGUGGUGGUCCUGGUGGUUUGGAUUUGGCGGUGUUGUCCGCAUGCGUGUCCGGGGGCUCUCACUUGUUCGCGGGGCUGAGGGCGGAGGAGCUGAGGCUGG